AUGACUAAAGCUCACUUGCUGUCGUCUGGCAUUGUUUUGCUGGCAUCGGUGCUAGGUGUUUCGGCGGACUGCGAUCUUCCCUCCACCUACCGGUGGACAUCAACUGGUGCGUUAGCCGAGCCCAAGUCAGGAUGGUCGGCGCUCAAAGACUUUACCAAUGUGGUCUACAACGGCCAGCAUCUGGUGUAUGCAUCGGCACCUGAUACAUCAGGGAGCUACCGCUCAAUGAACUUUGGCCUGUUUUCGGACUGGUCUAAUAUGGCCUCGGCGAGCCAGAACGUCAUGAAUGUCGGCACUGUUGCCCCUACGCUCUUCUACUUUCAACCGAAGAACGUUUGGAUCUUGGCCUAUCAAUGGGGCUCCACCGCGUUCUCCUACCGAACUUCAAGUGAUCCCUCGAACGCCAAUGGAUGGUCUUCGGAGCAGCCGCUUUUCUCGGGAAGCAUCUCCGGCUCUAGUACUGGCGUUAUCGAUCAAACAGUCAUCGGCGAUGCUAAAAAUAUGUACCUAUUUUUUGCGGGAGACAAUGGCAAGAUCUACCGCACCAGCAUGCCUAUUGAUCAUUUCCCAGGCAACUUCGGCACGGUGUCAGAAGUGAUCAUGAGUGACACGACCGCAAAUCUGUUUGAAGCAGUUCAGGUGUACACCAUCCAAGGCCAGAACAAAUACUUGAUGAUCGUCGAGGCAAUGGGGGCAAAUGGACGGUAUUUCCGCUCCUUCACUGCCAACAGUCUUGACGGUUCGUGGACAGCGCAAGCGGCAACCGAGGACCGGCCAUUCGCUGGAAAGGCCAACAGCGGCGCUACAUGGACCAACGACAUUAGCCACGGAGAUCUUGUUCGCCACAACCCUGAUCAGACGAUGACCGUUGACCCAUGUAACCUUCAGCUUCUCUACCAAGGAAGAGACCCCAACGCUAACAGCAACUACAACACUCUACCUUACAGACCGGGUGUCCUGACACUGCAGCGAUAA